CUGGACCGGCUUUGUCGUGACGACAGUGGUAUCUUGCUUCAAGCGGCUCGUCUCUCAUGGCGCCGCUUGCCGGUGUACUGCGCGCGUACCUGUAUGGCGGAAAACGGGGGCCCGGUUGGGCUGCUAGCAGUGAAUUACCUCUUGAGGUAUUUCACUUGCAUAUUCACUCGUCUCUUGGCUGAGGCUCCAUCUUACCGCCUUUCUCGAACGUUACUUUUUCGCAAUACAACAAUCGUACCUCUCAAAAUACAAUCAUGGCUUCCGCGAAACCUAUUCUCAUCACUGGCGCAACAGGCAAGCAGGGCGGCGCAGUCCUUGAGCAACUCGCCACUCAUGCUUCCUCCUCUCAAUUCGUCCUGCUUGCAGUCACCCGAAACACGACUUCCACCAGCGCCCAGAAGAUCGCCAACCGCUUUCCCAACGUCCUCCUCGUUCAAGGCGAUAUGAAUGAUGUACCGGAUCUAUUCAAGUCUGCACAAAACACACUCAAAAGCGCUGGAAAACCCAGCAAGAUCUGGGGGGUAUACUCCGUGCAGAUCUCUUUGGGACCCGGCGUCACCUUUGAGGGCGAGAUCGAGCAAGGAAAAGCAAUGAUCGACGAAUCUGUAGCUCACGGCGUUAAGCACUUCGUCUACUCCUCCGUCGAUCGUGGAGGCAACGCAAAGAGCUUUGAGAACGAGACACCAAUCCCGCAUUUCAAAUCAAAGUACCAGAUCGAGCACCACUUGCUCGAGAAGGCCGGAUCAAAGGGCGAAAAUAUGGGCUGGACAAUCUUGCGCCCGGUCGCGUUCAUGGACAACCUCGAGCCAGGCUUCAAGACCAAGGUGUUCCUCGCAGCUCUCCGGGACACUUUGCAAGGAAAGCCACUGCAGUGGAUCUCAACCGAAGAUAUCGGCAUCUUCGCCGCAAAGGCAUUCCGCGAUCCCGAGAGCUGGAACACCCGAGCUGAAUCUCUGGCUGGUGACGAGUUGACACUGGAGGAAAUGGCGGGCUGCUUCGAACGCGUCACUGGAUCGGCGAACAUCGCGACAUACAGCUUUUUCGGCAGUGGCUUGAUGUGGGCCGUGAAGGAGUUGAAUGUCAUGAUCACAUGGUUCGCAACUGAUGGGUACGGAGCGGACAUUGGCAAGUUGAAGAAGGAGGAGCCGCAGCUCUGUGGGUUCGAGAGGUGGCUGCGGGAGAGGAGCGGAUGGAAGACGCAGUAGGUCUUGCUUCCAAAUGUCAGUUUGCAUGACGAUCGGCCAUGACGGCGUUCAGGAGUGCUCAUUCUUUGCGGAAGGUGGGACCGCUCAGUAGACAAUAAAUGCAGGAAGUGGAAGGCGAUCAUCGGAACUUGGCUUUGCAGCUAAUCCUAUCGUGAAUGUUAAGAUGAUAGGGACUUUCAAAUAUUAAAAUUCUGGCGCUCGUGGUACACCGUCCCUACGAUGUCAUGGCACAGCGGCAUCGCUUUGGAGCGACAGGUGGAGGCAACGUCGUUUCAUCGCAAGCACCAUUGCGGGGGUUAAA